GGGGAGCAUCCGGGAGGCAGCACCGACACUCCAGAGAGAAUGAGAAAGGCAGGAACUUGAGCAACCGUCUGUGGCAUUAACCUUUCCAGUGGUACGAGCCAGGGACAGCACCAGUGAUCUCCCUUGGAAACUCCCACACAAGAUUGAGUGAUAAUUUGUUCUUACCCUUGACUUUAACUUUCUGUUCAUAUUUCCGAUGCAGAACAAUCGAGACCUGGGGCCUGGAGGGAGCGUGAGCCCUCGGGCAGUCCUUUCGGUCACCUGGCAGAGAUCAGUCCCGAGACGCAAUGGUGGCGCUGGCCUUCAUCCUCUUGACACUCCUUGCAGAAGCCUCAGCGAAAUCGUGCAUUCCAAAUAAAGCAGAUGUCAUCCUUGUGUUUUGUUACCCCAAAACCAUCAUCGCUAAAAUCCCCGAGUGUCCCUAUGGAUGGGAAGUACACCAGCUGGCGCUCGGGGGUGUGUGUUACAACGGGGUCCAUGAAGGGGGCUACUACCAGUUCAUCAUCCCAGACCUAUCACCCAAGAACAGGUCCUACUGCGGAACUCAGUCAGAGUACAAGCCUCCCAUCUACCACUUCUACAGCCACAUCGUGUCCAACGACAGUACAGUGGUUGUCAAGAACCAGCCUGUCAACUACUCCUUCUCCUGCACCUACCACGCUACCUACCUGGUGAACCAGGCUGCUUUUGACCAGAGAGUGGCCACUGUUCAUGUCAAGAAUGGGAGCAUGGGCACAUUUGAAAGCCAGUUGUCCCUCAACUUCUACACUAACGCCAAGUUUUCCACCAAGAAAGAAGCUCCUUUCAUUCUGGAAACAUCCGAAAUCGGUUCAGACCUGUUCGCAGGAGUAGAGGCCAAAGGGCUAAGUACUCGGUUUAAAGUAGUCCUGAAUAGCUGCUGGGCCACCCCCUCAGCUGACUUCAUGUACCCCUUGCAGUGGCAGCUGAUCAAUAAGGGCUGCCCCACUGAUGAAACGGUCUUCGUGCAUGAAAAUGGCAAGGAUCACAGGGCAACUUUCCAAUUCAACGCCUUCCGGUUCCAGAACAUCCCCAAACUCUCCAAGGUUUGGUUACACUGUGAGACAUUCAUCUGUGACAGCGAGAAGCUCUCCUGCCCAGUGAACUGCGACAAACGGAAGCGGAUGCUGCGUGAGCAGACAGGGGGUGUCCUGGUGGUGGAGCUGUCCUUGCGGAGCAGGGGAUUCUCCAGUCUCUGUGACUUCUCAGGUGUUCUUUAUCACCUCAUCCUGAUGCUGGGGAUCUGCGCUGUGCUAUAGGACACAGCUGGGCAGCCGCAGCAACUCUCUCCAAGGUCUCUCCAACUACGACACACCUGUUUAUCGUCCUGCCAAAAAGAACCAACAGAAGACUUCAUUGCUGGGGAGCCGAGAAUAGCGCUUUGCCAAAUAUGUGUUCCCC